AUGUCCCAUGACAAGUUCGGCCUCUGGCAGCUUGGUGUCACCCACGUGUUGAAUGCAUCACAUGGUAAACUGUGCUGCAAAGGGACUGACGACUUCUACGGGACCACGGUGAAGUACUAUGGGGUCCCGGCUAAUGACCUGCCCACCUUUGAUUUGACACCUUUCUUCUACCCUGCUGCAGAGUUCAUACAUCAGGCUUUGGCAACAGAAGGAAAGCUGUUGGUGCACUGUGCUGUGGGGGUCAGUCGCUCCGCUGCUCUGGUCCUGGCUUACCUCAUGAUCCACCAUCAGAUGAGUCUGCUCUCCGCCAUUCAACACGUGCAAAAGAAACGCUGGAUCUUCCCCAACAGGGGAUUCUUGCGGCAGCUCAUAUCAUUAGAUCAGACACUGCAGAAGGGAAAAUUGAGCAUCAGCAACCAGGCCAAUCAAUGCAUCCUCACAUUAGAUAACCACACAUCAACCAAGCCCACAGAGAACACAAGGGGGCUAUAUUUGGAUCCAGGCACCUGCUCGUGUCUGUCACUGUCCAGUCCGACACAGGUCUGGCAGAAAGGGGCAGAGCAGACGCAGGCAGGCAGAGAAUCACAACAAACACACAUUAUGUCUAGCCACAAACAAUCACAGGAGCUGGGGCGCAUCAAACAGCUGGAAACCAUUUUGGAUUCAUGCACAUUGGAGCUCACUGCAGUGGAUGAGGUCUGGCCUGGAUUGUAUAUAGGAAAUGUAGCUGUGGCACAGAACAAAAAUGCAUUAUGUAAGCUCGGUAUCACCCAUGUCCUAAACGCAGCGCACUCAAAACAGGGGAGCAUCGGUGACCAGAGGUUUUAUGGCGACACCUGCGUUUACUUUGGCAUCCCAGCAGAGGAUUCAGAAAACUUUGACCUCAGCCAGUACUUCAAGCCAGCAGCUGAAUUCAUCCAUGCUGCUUUGAAGGCCAAAGAUGGGAAAGUGCUGGUCCAUUGUAUCAUGGGGAUGAGUCGCUCCGCCUCUUUGGUUGUGGCCUAUUUGAUGUUGCACCAGCAAUUGAGGCCAGGUGCUGGAGCCCAGCUGACUCAAACUAUCAGGUUACCCACAGAGUCACACGGCCCAGUGGUUCACUCCGAGCACAGACCACAUGGACACAAACACACAUGUCCUGAAGGACAGGCCGAUCAACUUUACAAAAGUGGCAUCAUGACAUGUGUGAAUAAGAGCAGAUACAGAAACCCUUACGCAGCAGUGCGAGUGGACCCAAACAGUGAUUACAUCACUCCUGGGACAUUAGACUUGGAGCAACUGUUCUGGUCCGGCUCUGCGCCGGAUUACACACAUGUGGACGAGGUCUGGCCCAAUAUCUACAUCGGAGAUGAAAAGACUGCUCUGGAGGUGGAGGCUCUGAGGGAGAUGGGCAUCACACAUGUGCUAAAUGCAGCAGAGGGAAAGUUCAAUAAUGUUCUAACAGGAGCCAGUUAUUACAGUGACUCAGACAUUCAGUAUCUGGGUGUGGAGGCCGACGACAAACCCACAUUUAACAUGUCCCAGUACUUCUGCUCCUCAACACUGUUCAUCCAUGAAGCACUCAGGAGCCCCCACCACAAAGUCCUGGUACACUGUGUGAUGGGUCGCAGCCGCUCGGCCACCUUGGUUCUGGCGUACCUCAUGAGCAAACACAAUUUAACUGUUGUAGACGCCAUUGAGCAUGUGCGACAACGGCGGUGCAUUCUGCCGAACCACGGGUUCUUAAAGCAGCUUCGAGCUCUGGACAUCACACUGCAAGAGGAGAGACUGCAACUGAACAGCUGCAAGGUCAAUGAAGACCAGCAAACAUGA